GGUCACACACUGGGGAUUUUCAUUAACCGCCGGAAGGUUUUGUAAUUUACUGCCAGUUCCAGCUCUACUUGGGUCGUUUUGUCCCGCGAUUGUGGACGUGUCUGCCCGCCACGGUGCUUCAGGCGAAUUUACAGCAGUUUUAGUCUUUGUGUCUUUUUUUUUUUAAGUCUCAGCUUUCACCGUUUUUUAUUUGCUUUUCGCUGUUUGCGUGCAGAGACACCGACACGCCCUCUGAGCUGAACCAGCAGAACCGCGGUCGUGGUUUUAAAAAAACCAAAAACAAAAUGGCCUAUCCAGGGUACGGCGCUGGCCCCGGCGGUUUCCCAGGAGGACCAGGAGCGGAUCCCCUCUAUGGAUAUUUUUCAGCCGUAGCAGGACAGGAUGGGCAGAUCUCAGCAGACGAGCUGCAGCGCUGCCUCACACAGUCCGGCAUCUCUGGAUCAUACCAACCCUUCAGCCUGGAGACCUGCAGACUGAUGAUCAACAUGCUGGAUAGGGACAUGUCCUGCUCCAUGGGCUUUAACGAAUUCAAGGAGCUGUGGCAGGCUCUGAACGGAUGGAAGAAUACCUUCGCAUCUUUCGACCGGGACCACAGUGGAACGGUGGAGGGCCAUGAGCUGCAGCAGGCCAUUGCCACCCUGGGUUACAAUCUGAGCCCUCAGGCCAUGAACUGCAUCAUGAAGCGCUACAGCAUAAACGGCAGGAUCCCCUUCGAUGAUUUUGUGAGCUGUUGCGUAAGACUCCGCGCCCUGACUGAUCAGUUCCGAAGGAGAGACACGACCCGUACUGGCAAUGCCUCAUUUCAGUAUGAUGAUUUCAUCCAGGUCACCAUGAGCAUAUGAAGAGGAAAAGACCAAAGAAAAGGGACACGCAGGCCUUUUUUAACAUUUUCUCAUAUUAACAGCAUAUAAUUUCCAUAUGUAUUUGUACACUGCAUGCCUUUUUUCAUUUACGUUGUAUAAAUGAGAUUAAAAUGUCACUGUCACAUUCCAUUUUAAUAUGAACAGUAAACAACUAAUGCAUAUUGUAAACCAAACAGGAAUUAUAGUAACCUCACGCUGCACCAGCAGCGACCACCAGAGUGCCUGCUUACCUGUGCACCGGAGGGUUUUAUUAUCACUCUUACAUUUUUAGCCUUUUACCUCGGGUAGCCGUGUUAGCCCAAAGCACUGGCCAACAUAUGAAUGUGAAGGUGUAUGAAAUGAAUAAACAUGGCGACCGCUAAAAAACUAA